ACAGAGACGGAAGUGACCCGAAGCUAGCAGUCCCCUGUAUUUGCUUGUAUGACACCGAACAUGUCAGAUCAGGAUGUAGGAAACUAUGCCUAGCGCAGAGGAGGGUAAAGGAAGUAGGGAGUCUGGUGGCUGCGGCGCUCGCUAGCAGCGCAGGGUCUCUCCAGCUUCCAGCCACUGGCUGAGGAACCCUCUACGGCUUGAAAGGGAAACGCAGCCACUCAGCCGCUUCGACUGCCGCGGCGAAACCAAAACAGGGUGGGGCGGGGUGGGUGGUGCUCUCUAGUGGAAGGCGCCCGCUGGGUGAGGUCGUUGCCUCUGGCGGGGGGCUAGGACGGUCAGCCCGGGAGAAGGAAAGGCGCGUCCCGCCUCCAGCUGCAGGGCCAGGCGGCAGCGCCCGCUGGCGUCGCUUUCCCUCUCCCGGUCGGCCUCGGUGCAGGCCGGGCUGGGCGGGCCGGGCGGCGCUCAGGGGCCGGGCUCGGAGUCCCCACUUUUCCUCCCUCCUUCCCUCCUCUCGGGGCCGUCCCGAGCAGCCGGGCCAAUGGGCGCGGAGAGGAAGGGAGCGGGAAGCGGGGCGCCUUGGGCCCGGCCCUCCUACGGCGCCCGUGGCUGCAGCGCCAGCGCCAACGCCAAGUUUGCGCCUCGAGAGUUUGCGCCGGUUCGUGUCUCCCGGCCUCCCGUUCGCUCCCCCGCGAACCAGGCGGACGCGCGCCCCUCGGGGCAACCACCCAAGACCACCCGGGCGGGAGGACGCCGAGCAGGGGGUGUUGCGGGCUGGGACCGGGGCAGCCACCUCCCGAAGAUGCAGGAUGGCAGCAGAGCCGCAGCCGUCCAGCCUUUCCUACCGCACCACGGGCUCCACCUGCCUGCACCCUCUCAGCGAGCUUCUGGGCAUCCCGCUGGACCAGGUGAAUUUUGUGGUAUGCCAGCUUGUUGCUCUGUUUGCUGCUUUCUGGUUUCGCAUCUAUUUACGUCCUGGUACAACCAGCUCUGAUGUCCGGCAUGCGGUUGCCACCAUUUUUGGCAUCUAUUUUGUCAUCUUUUGUUUCGGCUGGUACUCUGUGCAUCUUUUUGUGCUGGUGUUAAUGUGCUAUGCAAUCAUGGUCACUGCUAGUGUAUCCAAUAUUCACAGAUAUUCCUUUUUUGUAGCAAUGGGAUAUCUUACAAUAUGCCACAUCAGCCGAAUAUACAUCUUCCACUAUGGAAUUCUCACUACAGAUUUUUCUGGGCCUCUGAUGAUUGUCACUCAAAAGAUCACAACCUUGGCAUUCCAAGUUCAUGAUGGAUUAGGUCGAAGAGCUGAAGAACUUUCUGCUGAACAACAUCGACUUGCUAUCAAAGUGAAACCCUCUUUUUUGGAAUACUUAAGUUACCUUCUCAAUUUCAUGAGUGUCAUAGCUGGUCCUUGUAACAAUUUCAAGGACUAUGUAGCCUUCAUUGAGGGGAAGCAUAUACACAUGAAGUUGCUGGAGGUGAACUGGAAGCAAAAAGGUUUCCACAGCUUGCCAGAACCUUCUCCCACAGGAGCUGUGAUACACAAGUUGGGCAUCACCUUGGUGUCUCUCCUUUUGUUUUUGACGCUUACGAAGACCUUUCCUGUCACCUGCCUUGUGGAUGACUGGUUUGUCUAUAAAGCAAGCUUUCCGGCUCGACUCUGCUACUUAUAUGUUGUCAUGCAAGCCUCAAAGCCCAAGUAUUACUUUGCAUGGACAUUAGCUGAUGCAGUGAAUAAUGCAGCUGGCUUUGGGUUCAGCGGAGUGGAUAAGAAUGGGAAUUUCCAUUGGGAUCUGCUUUCGAACCUAAACAUCUGGAAAAUUGAGACUGCCACAAGUUUCAAAAUGUACUUGGAAAACUGGAAUAUUCAGACAGCUACUUGGCUAAAGUGUGUGUGCUAUCAGCGGGUUCCAUGGUACCCCACGGUGCUAACCUUCAUCCUGUCUGCUUUGUGGCAUGGUGUCUACCCUGGAUACUAUUUCACCUUCUUAACUGGAAUUCUUGUCACAUUAGCAGCUAGAGCGGUCAGGAACAACUACAGACAUUACUUCCUUUCUUCAAGAGCUCUCAAGGCUGUGUAUGAUGCAGGCACCUGGGCUGUCACUCAGCUGGCUGUCUCUUACACGGUGGCGCCCUUUGUGAUGUUGGCAGUUGAACCGACCAUCAGCUUAUACAAGUCCAUGUACUUUUAUUUGCACAUCAUAAGUCUCCUGAUAAUACUAUUUCUGCGAAUGAAACCACAGGCUCAUACGCAAAGGCGGCCUCAGACUCUGAACUCUAUUAAUAAGAGAAAAACAGAUUGAUACCUCCAAGAGAAGCGGAACAAGCAAAACUGCAGAACGUUCGAAAGAUGAGAUGACAAGGCUUCAAGGGUUCCUCCGGUGGCUUAGAGGCGAUGUUUACAUGCAUCUUUAUUUUGUUCUUUUUUAAAGUGCAGGGAGUAUUUUUUAUAAAGCCUUUUUGUACAGAUAAAUCGGCCAUGUCCAGGUUAUUGGUUUUGACAUUUUAUAGGACAUUUGAGUGGUGUGGCGUGUGUGGAGAAUGUGCCAGAGCUGCAGAGACAGUCCAUUCCAGGCUGCUGGCUUUUUGCCCUUCCAGCAUGUUUUCUAGCUACUGUGACCUGGAUGCUGGGAACCCAGGCAUCGGCUCCAAAAAUUAGAAGGCGAGUGCUGAGAAGACUUGUCACAGGUUUCUCAAAUCAGAAUAUACUCAGACAUGGUGGUUCCCUGGGAAGCCCCAGACCCUUUGACUUGUGACAUUACUGGUUUGCAGACAUAAUAACUACACUCAGAGGACCAUGGAGGCAGAGGGAUCAUGGUUUCAGGGCACUGAAAACUCUACAAGCCAAGAGGACUAGUGCAUGGACUGAAAGUCAGACAUGCCCUCAAAUAGGCUGCAUUUUUUUUUCCAGGAAUGUAAACUUUCCCCUUUUUCUUCUGACCUGAGCCAAGAUUGGAAAUGAGAAAGUCUCCCGUACAUGGAGCUGAAGAGGGGCUGCUGUUUUCCGAAUGUUUUCCAUUUCACAGGCGCCACCCGCUUGCCCGAGGUUGGUCUUGAGAAGACACCCAAAUGUUCAUGCCUCAAAAAGGCAGCAGAAUGCCUUUUAGGAAAAUUUUUUUUAAAGUAAUUUGAAGUUAUAUAGAAGUUUGGUAAGAAGAAGCAGUUUCUCUCUUUUCUCCCCUCAUUUCGUGGAGGUGUUAAUGAUCGUGGCUGGCCGUGAUGUACACGUGGGCUGAUUUUCAUUUUUUCAGUUUCAUAGCUGAGACAUUCAGCUUUGUUUCAGUUGAAUCAUCAUAUUGGAAAGCAGACAUUGAAAGUUUUCUAUCUUUGUUAUGAAUGUGCUAUGGCCCCUUUUGGAGACUUCUAUUGGGUAAUAUUCUAUGUGAGAGAAGGAAACAUGGUAUUAAAUGUUGUGGGAAAUAAUAAUGAUGAUAAUAAGAAAAUAUAUGCUGCAAUGGUAUACUGUCAAUCAGAUUGCUUGGGAGGAGAAAAUUUAUUCAAAUCCAAUGAUAAAAAAUUAGUUUCUUAUUUAAUAAACAGUAUGUUCCCAUAUAAA